CCGGGUACAGGAAGCUCACGAGCCCGUCGUCAGGGCUUCUCCGCCGUCAUCCCUGAGGCCAUGAUCACGCAGCUGCAGAGCCUAACCGGGUCGGGCGGGAUCAUUGACUACAUCGAGCGCGAUUCCGUGGUCUCCGUCUGAGAAUGUGCCUUGGGAGCACCGUGAGCUCAGCUGGCUCUCUUACUUUGCUGCGUAUGUACGCGGAUGGAUUUCGUCGUCGUGAAUUGGUGGCCUCAGCUCUCAGUGUCUUCUUACAAGCGAGAGGAAACGCGAAUGAAGACUCGUGGAUGCCCAACAUUGUCACUGAAUUCUAUUUUGGAAGUGUACAGUUCUUGAAUCAGACCCGGCUGCGUGUAUGUGGAUGAAGCAUGGCUACAUAACGUUCUUCUAUAUAACAUUGCAUCGCGAGACGC